GACAAGUGACAAGGGCUGCUCUUCGCAUUUCUAACAGAGUAAAGCAGUCAGAUUUAUUAAUAUCUUACCGACUCCUCACUUUUAACCGAACAGUUGUCCAAUGACUCUGGGGGGAUAAUUUCUUAUCGCGCUAUGGAGGGUUUUCCUUCAGAAAGCGAAAGGAUGGAGGCUUGGCUUGACGACAAUCGGGACUUCGCUCACUCAUACUUUGUUCGAAAAGCCACCCGGGAAAUGGUCAACGCCUGGUUUGCUGAGCGGGUUCACUCUAUCCAGCCCUCCAGAGAGGGAUUCAAAGCUCUUUCUGAACCCCUCAGUGCUCUACCUUCUCUGGGCCCCAGUGAGACCCCGUCACCCAGCCCGGCUCCAUCCACCCCCACCCGCAAGAUCUCUGCAUCUGAGUUUGACCGUCCUCUGCGGCCCAUUGUGGUGAAGGACGCUGAGGGUUCACUCACCUUUCUCAGUGACACGGAGCAAGCGCAGAUGCCUCCCCCAGCUGCCCUGAAGACUGGCUCGGGAGGAGGGCCGGAUGACAACAGGGGACAGGGGGACCAGCAUGGGGGCGACCGCUGCGCCCGCCUGCUGGAGCUUGUCAAGGAUGUCUCGAGCCACCUGGACCUGACAGCACUCUGCCACAGGAUCUUUUUGCACACCCAUGAGCUGAUCGACGCAGACCGCUACUCGCUGUUCCUAGUCUGCGAGGACAGCUCCAACAAGAAGUUCCUGGUUAGCCGGCUUUUUGACGUUGCAGAGGGAUCCACUUUGGAGGAGGCAUCCAACAGCGGCAUCCGUCUGGAGUGGAGCAAAGGUAUAGUUGGUCAUGUGGCGGCAACAGGCCAGCCUCUCAACAUCAAGAAUGCGUAUGAGGAUCCUCGAUUCAAUGCAGAAGUGGACCAGAUCACAGGAUAUAAAACACAGAGCAUCCUAUGUAUGCCAAUAAAAAACCAUAGAGAUGAGGUUGUUGGUGUGGCACAAGCAAUCAACAAGAGGUGUGGGGAGAACAGUACCUUCACAGAACAAGAUGAGAAGGAUUUUUCCUCUUACUUGGCUUUCUCGGGUAUUGUCCUACACAAUGCACAGCUCUACGAGACGUCACAGCUCGAAAACAGGCGGAAUCAGGUCUUAUUGGACUUGGCCAGUCUUAUCUUUGAAGAACAGCAGUCGUUGGAUGUGCUACUAAGGAAGAUUGCCGCCACCAUCUUGUCUUUCAUGCAGGCUCAGGAAUGCACUGUGUUUAUCGUUGAUGGCGAAACGUCGGAUGCUUUCUCAAGUGUGUUCCAUAUGGAGUAUGAGGAGCUAACUGGGUCUGGCAAGUAUCCAGACAGGGAUGGGGAUGUGCAUAAGAUUAACUACAUGUAUGCUCAGUAUGCGAAGAACACUAUGGAGCCACUGAACAUUCCUGACAUCAAAAAGGACCAGCUAUUUCCUUUGACUUGUGAGAACCCAAACUGCCAUGUCAAGAGUUUGUUGUGCACACCAAUCAGGAAUGGGAAGAAAGAUAAAGUUAUAGGUGUUUGCCAAUUGAUCAACAAAAUGGAUGAAAGCACGGGUGAGGUGAAGGCCUUUAAUCGCAAUGAUGAACAAUUUCUAGAAGCCUUUGCCAUCUUUUGUGGACUGGGCAUCCAGAACACACAGAUGUAUGAGACUGUGGAGAGGGCCAUGGCUAAGCAAGAAGUUACACUCGAGGUUCUCUCUUACCAUGCCUCCGCCAGAGAGGAGGACACACGGGCGCUCCAGGUAACUGCGGCUGACACUGUUCCCUCUGCCCAAUCUCUGAGACUAAUGGACUUCAGCUUCAGUGACUUUGACCUGUCAGAUGUAGAAACCACACAGGCCACUAUCCGCAUGUUUGUGGACCUCAAGCUUGUCCAGAACUUUCAAAUGAAGUACAAGAGCCUGUGUCAGUGGGUCUUGAGCGUAAAGAAGAACUACAGGAAGAACGUGGCCUACCACAACUGGCGGCAUGCCUUCAACACAUCCCAGUGCAUGUUUGCCAUCCUCAAAGCCGGGAGGCUGCAGAAUAAUCUAAGUGAGCUGGAGGUUUUGGCCCUGAUGAUUGCAACUUUGUGUCACGAUUUGGACCAUAGAGGUGUCAACAACUCAUAUAUCAAGAGGAGUGAACACCCACUGGCCCAGCUGUAUGGCCACUCUAUUAUGGAGCACCACCACUUUGAUCAGUGCCUCAUGAUUCUCAAUAGUCCAGGCAAUCAAAUUCUAGGCGGUCUGUCCCUAGAUGAAUACAGAACUACACUGAAGAUGAUUGAGAAGGCUAUUUUGGCAACGGAUCUGGCUCUGUACAUGAAGAAAAGAACAGAGUUCUUUGAACUUACAAAAAACAGUCAGUUUGUUUGGGAGGAAGACCAACACAAAGACCUGCUGAGGUCCAUGCUAAUGACUGCAUGUGAUAUCUCCGCUAUUACAAAGCCCUGGCCUGUACAAAAGAGGAUCGCUGAGCUUGUGGCUACAGAGUUCUUUGAACAGGGGGACAAAGAAAGACAAGAACUGAAUAUUGAACCUAUUGACCUGAUGAACAGAGAGAAGCGUGAUAAGAUUCCUAGCAUGCAGGUGUCUUUCAUUGAUGCCAUUUGCAUACAGUUAUAUGAGACACUGGCGAGUAUGUCAGAUUCCUGCUCCCCCCUGCUUGAGGGCUGUAGGAAGAACAGGCAGAGUUGGAAGCUGCUAGCAGAGCAGGCUGAGGAGGCAGGAUUACUAAAUGGAGGACUUUAAAUUUGGAGUCACCACCAUGCUAGUCAACCCACUUUCCCCAGGCCCUUGCUUCACACCUGACACUAAGUUUUAAGUGAUGGAUCAUUUGUAGUCACGGCUGCUUAAUUCCUCCUGUCAUGAGUUCCUUAACAACUCUGGGACUGAAUGCAAUUUGUCCUUGAGACAUAAAUCAUACUGGUUCCAUCCUGCUUAAGGGUGGUGAAGGGGGAGGGGACACCGCACUAAAGCAAUAUGUUCCAGUAUACACCAGUCAAACUGAGUCACCUGUGUGUUUUUGUGAUUAAUUAGAAGGAAACUCACUCACAUUAGGGCAAGGCUGGCCUAGGUUUGGUGAUUAUUGAUUGUUUCCACCUCUGUAGUCACUGCAAAUAAGAUUUUGGGGAAGGGGUGGGGUUAGUUAGCAAUGAAUACAAUAAGGUGAUGGCUUGAUUGCAAGCAUGCAUCACUAAAUCAGCUGUUAUUUCCUUCGUCUUUUCCAGGUAAUAUAUAAAUUAGUGCUUAUAGUAAGGGAGCUGUUGAAAGAAUAUAAAGAUUGGGAUCUUUGUAUUGAGUCAUUUAAAACCUUGCAUAGUGUCUAUGAGAGGGAAUUAAUAUUGAGCUAUAUUUUUGUUUUAGCCCCAUCACUGGGUUUACUGUAGCUCGCUCAUUGAACUAAAGAAGUAGAUGCACACAAAGUUUCUCACUACAGUGCACCACAGACGUAAGUUAACAUAUGCAGCUACAAAGGAAUACAUCCACUUCAGAUAUACAGAAAAAGUUUAUUUUUUUCACUGUUAGUUUUCACAUCUUUUGUAUAUUUAUUGACCUUAUAUCAAAUCUCUCAUGUGAGAAUUUAGCUAAUUUUGACUUAAAGGUUGUUGAGGAUAAAAUAUAUAUAUAUAUAUAUAUAUUUAGUCAUGUUUGUUUCCUAGUGUUCCUUCUACUGAUGUUUCUCUAACACGUAUAGCAAACAUUUUCAACGUACUACCUGGCAGGUUUGAUUUACUGGAAAAAGUGCCUUAGUACAGCAACCAGAUUGCAGUUGUUAUUUCCUAAAAAUAGCUAGAGAGCUUAACCAGUUUAGAAGUGUUUACCAUGGAAAAUUAUUUGUAACAUUGCUGACUCAAGGGUCACCUUAAGCAUUAAAUAAUGAUCCGUGGAUUUAAAUUGUUUAUACUUCAAAUUAAGUUAUCUGAAUGGAAAAAAAAAAUGAUUUAAUGAGUCUGCAUUCCAGCUUUGUAGUAUAAUUACAUUUUUCAAAAACUUAAAAUACAAACAUGAAAAACCAAAUGUUUUAGAAAGGUGAGUCCUGUUUACAAUUAACCUACAAUUUGGACAACAGUAAUUUUGAACUCUCAGCUCCAAGUAUCCAUCAGGUUCAGGAAUCAAGUUCAUUUAUCAGUCUCUCAUACCAUAGCCUGAUUUGUGUUUAUGAAAAACACUCUUCAAGAAGCUCCUCAAAUUUAAGCCUGAGACGAGAUUACUGUAAGCAUUCACCUUCUGUAUUUUUUUCAUCGUACACUGAUCAGCAUAGCAGGUGUCUCUAUUGUUUGCUUUUCAACUGGACCAAUAAGGGGCAGUCUUUUAUGUUUAUAAAAUGGCAGGUUUGAAAAGGAAUAUUCCAUUUGUAUGUGAAAGACUUUAAAUACACAUUCUGAAUUACAAAAAAACAAAAACUGAUUAAAAAACCAAAGACAAAGCAUCAUAACCAGACAUUACUAAAACUUUGACCAGUGUAUUGUACACCAUUGUAACUCAUAUACACUAAACUUUCAAGUAGAUUUU